AUGCUGAAGCGCAUCAUCACGGGGAAAGACCAAGCGGCGUUCGCCGGGACCUCCUGCAGCAACACCCGAAGCGGCGCCAGCAGCGGUGCCAGGGAGCUGACUAUCCACACAACGUCGGUUGUCGGUGCCGUCGCUAGCGCCGCCGCAGGCGUCGUCAAGUCGCACCUCCUCCCCUCCGCUAUCACGACGGUCGCCAAGCUCAACGGUGGUCCUCUCGGUGGCGCAAGGCCGGCCAUCAUGAUUGCCGAGGCGACGGAGACGCUGGCGGCGGCGGUGCCGGCGACGGCGUUGAGCCUGACCUCCUCGACGCCCACUAGGCCUGUCGCCGCCGUGUGCAAGGCGAAGGACAUCACCACCACCGAUGUGACCCCGCCGCUGCUGCUGCUGCCGUCUCCGGAGGCAAAGCCGACGGCCGCCCCUUCCCGCGGAAGGUCCACCUCUCCCCGGGUGCGCGGCGGGCGCCCGCCGUCCCCGCGCCGGUCGCCGCGAGCACUCUCCCGCUCCCCGUCUCCCCAACGGCCAGGUACAGCCGUGCGCGCGGCAGCGAUGUAUGCUUCUUCUUGGUCCGCUGCUGCUCGGCCGGCCGUCUCGAGGGUGGGUGGAGAUUUCAGCUCUGCCGCCGCGGCGAAGGGUGUCAAAGCUCCCAAGCAGGGAUCAGGGCACGCAGACACCCUGGACGUUUCAGACACGCCCCCGCUCACCCCGGCAUCUCCCGUGCCGUCUCCUGCUGCCGCCAUCUCCGAGGUCUGGAGCUCGAACACCGUCUCCUUCUUCGGAACGAGCUACGGCCGCGACGACGAUGGCGUGGAUCUCUCGCAGAAGCGUGACGAGAACCGUGCCUCGCCUAUCAAGCAGAGAAAAAUCCAGCCAGUCCGAGGAUCUGGGGUCGCUACCUCCCUCAACCAGACCAAGCUCGUUGUCCCCGUUGAAGCCGGCAAGAGAACGGAGAAGGCGACCGCGGCUGCGUCGGUGGAGGAAGGAAGCGACGACUGCGACAAGACGAAGCGGGCAAGGAUAGACGUCUUGUCCGGGGAUAUCCGCUCAAUCGUCAAGGGGUCCGAGCGCGGCGAGAUCAGGGCCGCCUUCAUCGGCAACGUGCGCCAACGCCAGGCGGCGACGGUGGGAGAAGGCUGCGCGCUGGUGCAGGCAGCCCGCGUCGCUCUCGGCGGCAGCGGGGGCGGCAUCGGGGCGAGCUCGUCACUUCAUGAGAGCGGUGUGAUUGGGGAGGGUUCGUUCGGCAUCGUCGAGGGUGCCACCCACAGCUUUCUGCCGGGAGAGUUCGCGGUGAAGAAGCUUAAGGAGGGUGCGGACAACAAUGCGAGGUACUGCGCUCGUGUCGAGAUGAUCGUCAUGGCCCGCCUCGCCAAGAGCCCCCACCCAAACGUCAUCGGGGCCAUUGCGAUCGACGACCGCGAAGCGGCUGUGGGCAUGCCCAUCCUUCUGCCGAGGGCACACGGCGACUUCGGCCAAGUGCUGAAUGACGGUGACUGGAGCAUGACGCAGAAGCUCAGCUGCCUGCAGCAGGUCGCCUCCGGCGUGCGACACAUGCACGAGGCGGGCAUCGGCCACGGGGACCUCACGCCGCCGAACAUUCUGCUGGUCGACGACGGGGACGGGGAAUGCGUGCCCAAGAUCUCCGACUUCGGUCUUGCCCGAGCGCUGGGAGAGAUGCGUCCGAAGAUGAUGGGAACUCUCGGGAGCAUGCCGCUGGAGGUGAUGCAGGCACCGGUACGAACAUCCGAGAGCCAAGACACGUUCGCGAUGGGUGUGAUGGCCUUCACCGUCUGCGUGACCCCCGACAAGGUGCAGGCGAACAUGUUCAUCUCGCCGGACCUUUUCACUGUUGCGGAGGCGAAGGCCAAGAAGGCCCUGGAGGCGAAGGGGACCGGUCCGUUCGCCAUGGCAGAGAGAGAUCUCUUCGAGCGAAACAUGAUGGAGAGGACGAUGUCGACAAGAGCCUUCGAGAGCCUCUUGACGGUCGACAACCUGCACCCGGACCUGGGCUCGGCUCGCGUGAGGGGCAUGGUGUCGUGCUACCUCUCCGCAUUCUUGGCCACCGACCUGAACGACCGCGGAGACAUGGCCUCCUUCGAGAAGGUGAUGGGAGACAUGAUCGAGAUGGUCGAAGACCAAGAAGAGACCGACAAUAACGAUGAGGAGGAAGGAGAUGGGUCUGAGUCUGAGGCGCACAAGGCGUAAGAGAGGGACAGAUAGAAGUGGGGUGGCCGAGGUGGAGACGAUGUCGGUGACGUCGGCCUGGAGGGCCGCGCGACGAGUUUGUGCUACAUUUCAACGAGUCCUGUUGAUCGAGAAAAGGCACAAGAGUCGACGUGACGAGACCACGUCAACCAUGUCCCCCCUGCUCGUUUCGGCGCUGUCCGGGUGUAGCUCUCUCCUUCGUUUGUGCGACUGGACCAUUGUUUUCUGUCGCGAAAAGAGAGUGAUUUUUUGUUUUACUAUUAUUGUACGCAUAAAUGCCGAUGAUUCAGCGUGUUUUCCACAAGUGCCUCGUCUUGACAUGAUCCCUUUCAACGUUGCCUUCCUGCCGACAUUUUCUAGGGGAAUAGACUAUUAGUCUAGACGGCAAAGGGGGUGACUGUCGCUGUCGCUGCUACUAUGUAGAGCAUACCAGGUACCACUCCAUUUAUUUCAUUCUACCGUGACACCUUUUACGAUUGUUGUUGGUGUUGUUCUCUUUACAAUGAAUGCUGAUAUUAUUGUGUUGUACUGCAGCCUCAGGUGUUUUUCUCAAAAUCCAUAGACUAGACAUAAGACUGACUUUGUUUCGCAUGGAAUUCUUGUGUUUGUUUACCCUUGGUGUUACCGUCCGAUGGUUGUUGCAGCUGUUUCUAUGGGAGAAAGAGUGAUUCGAUGUUGGAAUGUUUUUGUUUCAAGUGUUCGUGGCAGGCUGAAAGAAAGAGAGUGCCGCGAGUUGUGUGCACUCCACGGGCGGUUCUCCUUUCUUCGCCGUGGGGUGAAGAUGAAAGGGUUCGUUCGUGUUGUUCAUUUCAACUCAAGGGGGACUGAACUUGGUGAUGCGUGGGAUGUCGUUUUUGGGCUUUUGAGGGGCGGCAGUGAAUCCGGGGGGGGGGGGUUGCUUCGCAAACAAACGCAACGACCCCUCCAGUGUCAAAUAGUGAAACAAAUCCAGACCGUUGUUGUUCCGACCCCCCAUCACCAACGGAUGUAAAAGUACUUUGUUUUUCCUUGUGACAGCUCACCGUGGAAAUAUGUCCGCACGAGAGGUACCGGACAACCAAGGAAUGAUUCCACAUGUUGUGCUGGACGCGCGCUGAAAGCUGAAGUAGGGUUGUGCAACGUGUGUUUUUGGUGGAAGCAAAGUGUACGCGCGGGAAGAGAAGUGAGUUUUCGUCUUCGGUGGGUAGGUUUCCAGGUAGACUGUUCGCUUGCGCGCUGUUGAUCAUGCUGAUGGGACAUGCACACGUGAACGAGUAACUGUGUUGUUGGAUGAGGCCCACGUGAUGACAAGACUAGACUAAUAAGCUUGACCGCACGGAGGACGUGCUACACGAUACAGGACAUGCCUGACAGAGAGAGAGGUGGCAAGCUCGGGAGCGCCUAAACGUCGUGCUUUUUACCGUAAUCGGGUCUGUUGUGAAUUGUAAGCUAGUAAAUGCCCGAUAGUCAAAACACUGAAUACGGGGUGACCAAUUCAUUCGUGCGCCGCCCUCAACGGUAAACCAACGCCGGCCAGCGGCGACCGCAGUAAAAAAAUGGAACAUUCUCGCCGACAAGAAAACAAAAACAUGCAACCCGCUAUGAUCCGCCCAAACCUGCGCACCUGCUGACAAGCUCUUGCAAGUGGAUCCUAAUGACGACUACGUUGUACAGCCGUAGCUUUUCGGCUGAAAAGGAUCUCGGGACAAAAGGAGAUUUGCCACAUGUAAAAGCCCGUAAACUUUCGAAAAUCCUUGGUAUUGGUGCUCAUCAACAAGAUCCGUAAAAGGAAGCAUCCCUCCAUUUGCAAUGGGAGAAUCUAUCUCAUUUUGGUUCACUGCUUUCGUCAUCGAAAUAUGGGCGAACUACGACCCAGGAUUGUUGCAAUCCCAGGCUUCCGACAAUUAAACUCACCCCCAUUGACUAUGUCGAACACAGUACAUCGCCGGAAACACCGAUGAAAGUUGAGAUGAUCACGUGGCGUUGAAAACAGCAAGCCGCACGUCGAUAUCCACCAGCAACCUUAAGCUUCCCGUCGCUUCUACGCCUCUAUCCCCUGCCCGACCCUAGCAAGAAAAAAUAGAGCAGCCAAAACAGCACCAGAACAUCAAUGCACAUUAAAUGCCAAGAGCUCCCGACUUCGCCGCGCGCCCCCCUGUCCGCUCUCCCAACGUCUACCUACCCCCCUUUCCA